GUCAUGCUGUUCCUGCUGUUCACACAUUCCACCAGCCUCAUGGCAUCAUUUGCAGGCCCAAAGACAACAGAGAGGCAAAAAAGCGGUGGCCAUGGCGGGAUACUUUGACGCUAAGCCCGGAGAUGGUGAGCAAUUGGGAAGCAGCUGGCUGCAUCAUUCACACCGCACACGUGAAGAUAAGCGUGCGAUUGGGGAGAGAGUUGGAGGCUGCUCCCAGUGGGAAAGUCAGUUCACUUUGAAUUGGAUGAAAAGGAAAGAGCUCGCAGCAGGGUCCAUAUCAUGGCGCGGGCAGCUUCCACCAACCAAUACUUUGUUUAAAUAUUUUGGUUCUGCGCUUAACAAGCUCCCGAUACCCUCAGUCUGCGAAUUCUGAGUUCUCGUCAAAAUGUCGUCCUCUUCUGACACGGUCACCAUCGCCCGUGCCGAUCUUGAUCUCCUCUUGCAAAGGGAAAGAAACAUUCUGACUCGCAUCAAGAGCAUCAAUGCUCCAGACUCGUUGUCUGUUUCACAGGUUGAAUAUGACCAGCUCAAGUCCAUUGCAAGACAAUAUGGUGCGAUCUAUUGCGAUAUCUAUCAUUAUUUUCCAGAGAACCUCAAGCGCAACCUCCUACGUGGUGGCGUAGACGAGGCUACAGUAGCUCUCCUUAGCCAAGGUGAUGAGGUUUUCCAAUCCGAGAAUAACGAGGAUACACACGCCUCUACUACGGACCAUGGAGGUGUUGGUCUCUCCUCAUUUUCGACGACGCAGCGUCAUCAUGCCUCUUCCCACCAACAUGGAAACGGUUAUUCGCACUCCCAUUCGCAUACUGAUUCCAGCAGCAACUCCUACGGCCAUUCCUACGACCAUCCCUGCCACCGUUCUCAUCGCCAGUACCAACAGCAGACCGCUUCGACAUGGGAUGAAGGAGACUAUGACGAGGAGGACGAGGGGGACGAAGAUGUCUCAAUCGAAGAAGGGUCCCCUGUUCCUGGCGCAAACUACACAGGACCACCUCAGGAAGUGAAGCGCCACCAGUACGAGCGCAACUGCCAUCGUACCCUUCAAAUCGUACAUCUCGCCGAGGGUACCACUCAUUCUGAUAUUACAAACUCCGUGCGCGGCGGCCAGCUCUUAGACGUGUAUCUUCGCUCUCACGACCGCUCAGCUUCCAUCUCGUUUCUUCAUGCGGCCGAUGCUCAGAAAUUCUAUGGCUAUUGUCGUCGUAAUGACUUGUAUAUCAGAAACAAGAGGGUCGAAGUCAAGUGGAACGAGCGUCAGUUUGUGCUGCCAGGCCAUGUGGCGGGCAAAAUCUCGGGCGGGGCCAGUCGCAACCUUGUCAUCAUGAACUACGCCAGUCAACAUACCGAGGAGGUGAUUCGCGAAGACUUGGAUCAUAUCCACAACCUGGUAGUGAUCAAGAUACAGUUCAUCGGCGGAAACUGUCAUAUCGAGCUCAACUCGGUGCACAAUGCAAUCUAUGCUCGCACCUGCAUGCUGAGCCGAAUGAAGUACAAAGGCAGAAGAAUUCAAUUCGACGUGGAUCAGUGUGCCCACCCUUACCCAGCCCCCAUGGUUCUGAAGACCAAGGAAGCUCCCCAGCCAAAGAGGCAAUCAUCGGUCAGCAAUCGCUUCCAGCUCUUGAAUAUCGACGAUUCUGAGGACGAGGAGAACGCGCCACCCGGGUUUCGGUCUAAGAAGACUCCCUUAGUGGUGGCCUGACCUGGCCACGGGCUCGUCAUUUGCAGAAGGAGAUUGUAAUUGGGACGUUUGUUUGGUCUGAAAAGUUAUGAGAUGCUGUAACCAGCGUUGGAGAUACCCAUGGUUACGUCUUACCCCUAUGUUCAGUGGAGAUACAAGAGACAUUGUUGAGCGACGUCUGGCAAGAUUGUAGAGGAACCUAUGACGGUGUCACUUGGCACCUUGUUUCUAGUGUAGCAGUAGUAACUGACACCUGUAGCCAAUGUUACUUUGACCCUGUCACUCA